GUCAAAUCGAUCCACACAUUGAGCCAUGGCCGAAGAAGGAAUUGGCAGUAGAAGAGCUGAACGACACAACACCACCAGGUUCGUGAAAGGCACCAAUGUGAAGAAACCGUCCAAUUUCGAAGGUACUGGGCUGAUUGCAAUCUUCAAGCAUCCGUUGAGUAUUUUCAUGAUCUGUGUGCCCUUUGGCAUAUGGUCCUACUAUGCCAGGUGGAAUUCGGCCUACACUUUCUGGCUCAAUUUCUUUGCCAUGUUACCCAUGGCAAAGAUUCUGGGCGAUAUCACGGAGGAGCUGGCUGCGGGGCUCCGCAAUGAUCUUCUGGCGGGGCUCAUCAAUGCCACCUUCGGAAAUGCGGUGGAGAUGGUCAUCACGGUGCAAACUCUCCGUGGUGGCUUAUACGCCGUGGUGAAAGCCACGUUGCUAGGCUCGGUGCUCUCCAAUGUUCUGCUCGUUCUGGGCAUGUCUUUCCUUUUUGGCGGCCUGGUCAAUGUGUCCGGAAAGGCCGAAGCCAAGGCCAAGGAGGAGCAAAGAAGGCCAUCUGUCCGAAACUCUCAGAAGAUGGAGGAUCCAGAGCUCUUGGAUAAGUUAGACAAGGAAGAAACCGGAGGAUACAGUGUGGUGGCAGAGAAGGUUCAGACCUUUAAGAUACUGGGAGCCAUGGUCAACACUUCCAUGCUGCUCCUAUCCUGCUUAUCGUUCACCCUCGUCACCGUCUUUGGUACGAUGAUGGCGGGGCAAUACAAGAUGGACAAUGCCAGUUUAGAGGAGGUCAUGCUGCCGAUCUCAAGGACCUGUUCCAUCAUCAUCAUCUCGGCCUACGUCGCGUACAUCGUAUUUCAGCUUUUUACGCAUAGAACCGUCAUGGCAGACACCGGUGACGGAGACGAUGAUGAAGAGGAGGGCUCAAUCACUGUCACGACCGCUGCCGUACUGCUUUUCGUGAUGACAUCCAUCGUGGCAUUCUGCUCGGACCUUUUGGUGGAUUCCAUUGAGAACAUGACUGCAGAUGCUCACAUGGGUGAGCACUUCAUUGGCAUCAUCCUGUUGCCCAUUGUGGGCAACGCCUGUGAGCAUGCUGCGGCGGUGCGCUUUGCCAUGCAGGACAAGCCUGGCUUGUCCAUUGGCAUUGCUGUGGGUUCGUCAACGCAAAUCGCCCUCUUCGUGGUGCCCUUCUCUGUACUCGUUGGUUGGUGCAUUGACCGGCCGAUGGAUCUGAACUUUGGAGCUCUCAAUGUGACGGUGAUGACACUGAGUGUCAUAGUGGUGCUAUCAAUGGUUGUCGACGGACAGUCAAAUUGGCUUCAAGGCUACCUUCUUUGUGCUGCUUAUGCAGUGAUUGCCGUGCUGUUCUGGUAUGUGCCCAACUCUACCGGAGAUGAAACCAUUUGAGCACGUGAAUGGACAAUGCAAAAAAAAACUGCAUGCCUCGCGGCAGACCACUGCGGUUGAAUUUUGGUAGUGAUGAGCUGUGUGUUAAUAAUUGCUGUUUGUUUUUUU